GGGUUAACAAGAAUCAGACUCCAAGAACUGAAAUAAGAGAGAGGGAAAGGGUAAAGAAAGAAAAGGGCUAAGAAGUGAAGUGAUUGAUGGCACUAGAGGAAGAAAGCGCAGUGAAGGAGCCUUUGGAUCUCAUUAGGCUCAGCCUUGACGAGCGUAUCUAUGUCAAGCUUCGUUCUGACAGAGAGCUUCGUGGCAAGCUUCAUGCUUAUGAUCAGCAUCUUAAUAUGAUCCUUGGUGAUGUUGAAGAAAUUGUUACUACUGUGGAAAUUGAUGAUGAGACUUAUGAAGAAAUUGUGAGGACUACAAGGCGUACAGUUCCUUUCCUGUUUGUUAGGGGAGAUGGGGUGAUAUUGGUUUCCCCACCGUUAAGGACUGCAUGACAUGGACCUACAAAUUAUGUGAUCAUUUUAAUGACAAUUGUCUGUUGAUGAGAUGUUACACCUUCAUGAGUAUCGUUGCUUAUGAUUAGAUUAGUUCCUUAAUUGGCAUGUGUGCUAGAAAUUUCUGUUUGACAGACAGUUUUCAAUCAUCUUUAUAGCAUAUGACAAAAUCAUGGCUUGCUCAUGAACACCGAUUUUGGCUGCAAGUGUGGAGCCACUUAUGAGCCACUUACAUAUAAGUGACUCCAUAAGAGUAGGCCAUGAUUCCUGAUUCGGUGUCUUUUCGUUGUGUUUGUUUACUUUUAGUUACAAUAGGAGGGAUGAUUUGUAAGUUUGGUGUAGUCGCUUUAAUCUUGCCGUUUUACCAAGAGGCGAUUGCAGAAAGUAAUACAUUCACUUUAGGGGAAAAGUGAGUUAAGUUUUAGUCCCAUGGAUUGAAAAUGAAAAUGGUUGAGAUUU